UCUUUUUCCCGAGGGCGAAUCCCUGGAUGGUGGCGCUGAGUGUGAUCCUGGUGGUUUUGUUUGGUUUCAUUGGCCUCACUGUUUAUCAGUUUAAAACGAAAGGGAAACUUAAUGAAGAAAUUGGCAAACGAGAUAUAGAAAUUGAGAAACGAGAUAACGAGAUAAGGUGGAGAAGAUCCGUGGCACCUAUAGAAGAAGCGAAUGUGACUCUGGAUCCAGACACGGCUCAUCCCCAACUCGUCCUGUCUGAGGAUCAGAAAAGUGUGAGACGGGAAGACAGAUGCCAGGAUCUGCCCGACAACCCUGAGAGAUUUGACAUUUGGGGCUGUGUGCUGGGCUGUGAAGGAUUCACCUCGGGGAGACAUUGCUGGGAGGUGGAGGUGGGGGAUGGGCGAUACUGGGCUAUGGGGGUGGCCAGAGAGUCUGUGAGCAGGAAGGGAGAGAUCACCCGUAGCCCUGAGGGGGGGAUCUGGGCUGUGGAGCGGUGGGGGGAUCAAUUCCAGGCUCUCAGCUCCCCUGUGAUCCCCCUGCCCCUGAGCCGGGCCCCCAGCAGGAUCCGGGUUUGUCUGGACUGUGACCAGGGGCAGGUGACAUUUAUUGAUGCUGGUGACGAGGCCCCGAUCUUCACUUUCCCGCCGGGCUCCGUCCCUGGGGAGAGAAUCCGACCCUGGCUCUGGGUGGGGCCAGAAUCCCAGCUCCGACUGUGUCCCUGAGACACGCAGCUGAGGGGGGGGGAACCGGAAAUCAGCCUCUCUAGCCUCAUGUACCCCAGUCUCUAUGACCUUGGAGGACUCCCAUCUACCCAGCUUCUGGCUCCUCAUCUCUAUGACCUGUGGAAGCCCCUCCCCCUCCCUGCAGCACCAGAGGGGCCCUGCGGGGCAGAGUGGGGGCUGGGCAGGGGCAGAACUAACAGCUGGGCAGGGGACAGGCGGAGGUGGGGGUGGCAGGGACACAGCAUGAAUCAAUCAGGGUUUGGGGGGGUUGGGGAGAAGCAGCAGCAGCCAGGGGCGUUUUGUACAGAUCUGUGUCCUUAGAUCUCAUUGGCGGCUCCCAGCCAGGGAUCAGCAUGAGGGGAAGGGACAAGAUCAGGGAAGGAAUAGAGCAGCUGAGGGGGAUGAUCUGUGACAGGGAGGAGAGAGACAGGGAAAUAAACAGGGAUGGGAAGUGAGGCUAGAACAAUAAUGAAUAGAAAAGGACAGUAUGGAAGGAAAGGGAACAUGAGCGGGACGGGGAGGUUUAUUACAUAUUACUGAAAGUGAGUCUGUAACUCAUUAAUUCCCUAUAUUAAUUCCUGGCCAUUGGUGCUAUUUUAGUGCCAUUAAGAAAACUGUUCUCAGUAGCUGGGGAUCUCCUUGCCAUGCUGUGGUUAUUAAAGCUCCUUCUCAGAUCCUUUUACUUUGCUACUUUCCAGCUACUUACUGUAAA